UUUAUAUUUGCAUCUGUACAGUUUGUUGUUCAUUGAUCCUGUUUACAGUUACUGUUCUAUAGAUUGCUAAGUACGUAGGCAGAAAAACAAUCUCUGGGUUGAAUGUGGUGAGAUGUAUGUAGUCUGAUAAUAGAUUUUACAUUGAACUUUAAUAGCUGGCUUGAUACCAAUUUUACAUAUCAACAGGAGAUAAUGCGGUCUUCCAGAUAACACGUUCAAAGUGCAAGGUACCAACUCUCAAGACCAGGAUUUCUACAGAAUCAAGAAAUAAUGGAGAAACCACAGGCCUUUCAACAGUGUGGCACAAGGAAAGGGCGUUUGACCAGUGUGCUGGCUUUGGCUACUCUAGUGUCUGUUUUUGGAUCCUCCUUCCAAUAUGGUUAUAAUGUCGCGGUUAUCAAUUCUCCAAGUUUGCACAUGCAAAGGUUUUACAACCAGUCUUAUUUUGAUCGAUAUGGGAAAUACAUGGACAGUAGCUUCCAGACUUUGCUGUGGUCUCUCACUGUCUCAAUGUAUCCACUUGGAGGAUUCUUUGGCUCCUUGAUGGUUGCCCCACUGGUGAAUUAUUUUGGCAGAAAAGGCACCUUGUUGUUUAACAACAUCUUUUCUAUCAUCCCAGCAAUAAUGAUGGGAACCAGCAACGCAUCCAAAUCAUUUGAAAUUAUAAUUAUUGCCAGAAUCAUUGUUGGAAUCUGUGCUGGCCUCUCAUCCAACGUGGUCCCUAUGUACCUGGGCGAGCUCUCACCAAAGAACUUCCGAGGAGCCAUUGGGGUGAUGCCCCAACUCUUCAUCACAAUUGGAAUCCUGAUUGCUCAGAUAUUUGGAUUAAGAAAUGUCCUAGCAAAUGACAGAGGUUGGCCAUUGCUCUUGGGACUGACCGGAAUCCCAGCCGUGGUGGAGUUAAUCUUUCUGCCUUUCUUCCCCGAGAGCCCCAGAUACACGUUGAUUCAAAAGGGCGAUGAAACUGGAGCAAGAGCAGCUUUAAGGCGUCUGAGAGGAUGGGAGGACGUUGAUGGUGAAAUUGAGGAGAUGCGUUUGGAAGAUGAGUCCGAGAAAGCUGAAGGUCGGUUGUCUGUACUCAAUCUUUGCUCAUUCAGGUCACUACGCUGGCAGUUAAUCACCGUCAUUGUUCUGAACAUGGGACAGCAGCUCUCUGGAGUUAAUGCAAUAUAUUACUAUGCAGACAGCAUAUAUCGAUCGGCAGGGGUGAAGGAGAACGAUAUUCAGUAUGUGACUGUUGGCACAGGAUCGGUCAAUGUGUUCAUGACCAUAGCAGCAACGGCUAUAAUCGAAAAGGCUGGGCGCAGGCUGCUCCUCCUGCUGGGAUUUGCCAUUUGCUGCAUCUUCUGCAUGAUCUUAACCAUGAGUCUGAACCUCCAGGACUCCAUUGAUGGAAUGUCAUAUCUCAGCAUAGUCUGCAUAAUCGUAUAUGUUAUCGGACAUGCAAUAGGACCUAGCCCCAUUCCGUACGUGAUAACAACAGAAAUAUUUCGUCAAUCCUCCAGACCGGCUGCCUUCAUGGUGGCAGGAUCAGUUCACUGGUUAUCCAACUUCCUCGUGGGCCUCAUUUUCCCGUUUCUUGAGAAGGGGAUUGGCGAGUACAGCUUCAUCAUUUUUGGGGUGAUCUGCCUGGCCACUUUUACCUACAUCUUCUUCGUCAUUCCUGAAACGAAAAACAAGACCUUCCUGGAGAUCAGUCAGAUUCUGGCCAAGAGGAACAACGAGGAGGUGAAAGUGGAGCAGGAGCAGCUGGAUCUGAGUCUGAGGGAUGUGGGUCACGAACAGUGGAAGGCAGAGAAGAGCACAUAUCUCUAACCAACCCCAGUAUGUUCCUCGGGCUGGAAUCAUUUUGUGAAUACUAACCACACACAUGUUAACGUUUGUAGGAGGCUCCUUUGCCACUUGGUCUAACAAGAGUGCUAAUACAUUUACAAUCAUUCAGUGUCAUUAUCAUUGCUGGUAGAAUUCCAUUCCUUAAACCUACUACCUUAUUAACUCCCUCACAUCUAAAAGAAAUUCCUGAAAACCUAUAUCUCUGCCAAUGUUUUUUGUAAUGUGCAAAUGCAAAAGCUUUUAGAUAGUGUUUAUUGACACCAGUCAAUGAGGUUAUUGACCAUAAUAUAAUAUAGGCAUCCGUUAGUCUCGUGAGACCGUGGAUUUGUGCCUUGGAAGGUUUCCAGGGCGCAGGCCUUGGCAAGGUUGUAUGGAAGACCGGCAGGUGCCCAUGCUGCAAGCAUCCCCUCUCCAUGCCAUCAAUGUUGUCCAAGGGAAGGGCACUAGGGCCGAUACAUCUUGGCACCGGAGUCGUCGCAGAGCAAUCUGUGGUUAAGUGCCUUGCUCAAGGACACAACACGCUGCCUCAGCUGAGGCUGGAACUAGCGACCUUCAGAUCACUAGACCGACACCUUAACCACUUGGCCACACGCCAAUACUAUUGACCAGGACAGCAUGGAAACAGGUCUUUUGCCCCAAUUUCUCCAUGGCAACCAUGCUUCUGGCCCUAAGAUGGUCCCGUUCACCCACAUUUGGUCCAUUUCCCUCUAAACCAGGGGUUCCCAACCAUUUUUAUGCCACGGACUCCUACCAUUAACUGAGGGGUCCCCGGACCCUAGGUUGGAAACCCCUCCUACCUGUGUAUGUACUUAAUCAAAUAUUUUUAUAUGCUAUUAUUGCGGAUUUGAUCAGCUUUAUCAGAUUAGUUUUAUAAUUCACGUGGACUUCAAAAUACUUAAAUAUACAUCUGACAAAUAAAGUUACUGUAAUCUUUCAUAA